CAAGACUAUAUACGGAGCAAUUACAGCGUUGUAACCAAUGGUCUGUCAGUUUACGUUCAGGUUUGUUGUCUGCAAAAACAUUUAACGAGAUUAUAAAAAUCUAACCACGUCAUGGUUUAAGAGUUGAUUGUUUGGCUUUCAGCGUUUCGCCUCUUUAAGUACAGGAAGAAGUUGUCUGGCUGCUGACAACGCCUGUAUAAUAUUACAGGUACCAAACUGAAGAGGUGGGUUCGGAUAAGGAGAGAAAGUAUACGAAUUGAAAGCAGUAGUCGGUCCGAUGAGAGGGAUGCUGGUCUUCCUUGAAUGGAUCAAUUUGAAGAAUUACUGAGUUCAUGAAGAAAGGGGUGUCUGUAAAGCCGAAAGUUAAAGGUUUUCAAAGCUUUACAUGAUGGCGCGUAAACAAUGGAGCGGUGAAGUCAGUGUUAGUUUACCCACAUUUAUUGUAACGCUGGUUCUGUUGUCUGUAAAUGGAUACCAUGCUGAGGCCAUAGAGGAUGGGAGCAUACGCCUUGUCGGAGGUAGGAGCGACUUUGAAGGGACAGUGUUGAUUUACCACAUGGGCCUGUGGGGUGCGAUAUGUGACAAGGGCUGGAGCCGGAAGGACGCUCAUGUCGUCUGUAAACAGCUGGGUUACCCUGGGAAGCAUUUGGCCUUCAAAAAAAGCUUCUUCGGUAAAGGUUCAGCAUGGAUGUGGAUGUCAAGAGUACGUUGCUAUGGGAACGAAAAGAGACUGGACAAGUGCCGUUUCCCGGGAUGGGGUCGCAGCAAUUGUUAUGGGGGUCGCAGCUCGGCGGGUGUCAGAUGUAUGACACCAAGCACCACACCCCCACCUACAACAAGCACUACAACAACAACACCUCCGCCGAAGACGCUCAAUCCAAACUCAUUACUGGCCGACGAGCCCGCUGUAAACAUGACAGAACAAUUCGAGGUAGGCAAUGACGACAGCGACAACCAAGCAGAAAAUGUCGUGGAAGACGAAGGCUCGCUCAACAUUUCCGCCAUGGAUACCUAUCUAGCAAAUUCUACCGAGAGUGAGGGACGCACUAUUCGGCUGAAUGGCGGGAGAUUUAAGCAGGAGGGUCGUGUGGAAGUGAAGGUCCCUGGUCGAUUGGGCUGGAGCGCCGUCUGUGGCGACACCUGGGGUAUCCUUGAGGGUAUGGUCACCUGUAAACAGUUGGGAUAUGGAUACGCCAAAGUCACAACUUCGACUAGUUUUUACGGCGGAGAGCGCAUGCACAAGAUCUACAAACACGUGAAGUGUACAGGGAAGGAGGAGCGGCUGGACGACUGUGAUAUUCACGUGAAGGAAAAUGGAGUGGCCUGCAAUUACACCACGUCUAUAGCCGGCGUUUUCUGUACAAAAAAGUUACCAGAUCUGGUCCCUAACGUGACCGUCCUGGAGACAUCCGCCCACCUGCGGGAUCAUCACUUGUACUACUUGCAGUGUGCCAUGGAAGAGAACUGCCUGGCCUCCUCUGCCUACGCGCUCAGGAAAUCAUCCAGAGCAGACUGGGUGCAGUCCGUUCGCAGAGUGAUGAGGUUCUCCAGUGUCAUUCACAACAGAGGCACCGACGACUUCAGGCCUAUCAUUCCUAAAGAGCGAUGGGAUUGGCAUGAAUGUCACAUGCACUAUCACAGUAUGGAGGUAUUUGCCCAUUAUGACAUCACGGAUCUACUUGGGAAUAAGGUGGCGGAGGGACACAAGGCUAGUUUCUGUCUGGAAGAUAGUCAGUGUGAUCCUGGCAAAGACAAAAAAUUCCAGUGUAAAGGAUUUGCUGACCAAGGAAUAUCUGUGAACUGCUCGGACAAUUACUUGGCUGAGAUCGACUGUCAGUGGAUAGACAUCACUGACCUCAGCCCUGGCACCUACACCUUCAGGGUACUGGUCAACCCGGAACUCAGAGUGGCGGAGCUGAACUUCGACAACAACCUGGUGUCAUGUGACAUGUUCUACAGUCUAUACAAGUUUAAAGUGGAAAACUGUACCAUUGGGCCAGAGCCAUUGUCCCGGAUAUGACCCUAGCCACGCAUGCGUCUUGAGAAUUAGCCAAUGGAAGCUGUAUUCACUGCCAUCUAGCUUUGUGACACCGUGUUCGAGCCGCUGUCUUAAAGUCGAAUUUUGUACUAGGCAAUGUUUAUUUGUGUAUUUUGUAUGCAAAUACAUCAGCACAUAUUCAGAUGUAUUUACUCCUUUCUUUUUGUUAGUAAUAAUGGAGGUAGUUGGGAGACAUGUGACGUAUAUCAAGUCGUUGUAAUGAUACAAAAUAGCUUGUACAGACGGCAAUAUGUAAGUCUGAUGACGAAAAUUCCAGCUUCUUAUCCAGAAUGUAUCAUCAGUUUUCUCAGGUCAUUUAUGUCUUAACAGUGCUCAGCAAAUUGAAACCGGUAAAAUAAAUUUGCUAACUUCUCCAUA